UAAAAAAUACCUCGAAUAUAUUAUUUCGAACAUAAAAAUUAAAAAAUGAGUGUUGCUCUGAGUAUCAGUAAGUGACGCCAUUUCCAGAUAUCCGCCACGUUGCCAAAUCGGAUGUCGUUCAACUCAUGAUUGUCUCUGGUAAAAAAUUAUCGUUUAUGCAAUGCGUGUUUUCUCGUAUAUCGAAGUAGUAGUGUUGUGCUGUCAGGAUAAAAUCAGUUAUGUUAAAUUUUAUUAAAAACACGAGGUGCCUGCGUUGGGCCUUCGUGAAAUAACACGAAUUAUAAUAUAUGAACCAAAUACGUUCAAAUAAUAUUUCACCGAAAAUUUCUGGUUACUACAGAGAAAAUUAGUUGAUGUCGAUUGAACAAAUCUUGAAACACAAAAAAUUGAAAGAGAAUAAUUGAGAAAAAAAUAAAGAUAGUAAUAUGCAGCAGAUGUGGUUUAUAGAAAACAAAGAGGAUAUCAAACAAUUAGAGGCAACGCCUAACGUGGCAUCUAAAAAUAAUACAUCCACUAUGAAGGAUUCUAAGAGAGAUUGGAUUUUUAGAGUACAGGUGCCUAAUUUGGAAAAAAACGAAUGUUUAUAUGUUGUGGGAGAUUUACCUGAAUUAGGGGCAUGGAAUCAUAAUCAGGCGAUUCAAAUGUUCGAAGAACAUACUGCUCAAGAUGCUUCAGCACUUUCUAAGAAUAGUGGGUAUUAUAAUAUUGAUAAUGUAGAUAAUACUACAGAUGCAGGAGAUAACAUUUAUCAUGAGAUAGAAAAAGGACAGAUUUUUUCUCAAAAGGUUGCAUUACCCGUCGAUACAGAUAUCAAGUAUCGAUAUUUUAUUGCUGUUAUAUGUCAAUCCAAUGGUACGAAGAAUUCAUCCAAGAUUCUUAUUAUCCGCAAGUGGGAAACUCACAUGAUACCUCGUCAAAUUAAGAAAAACAUACCUAGUAAUUUUGUGAAUGACACAUUGCCAGAUCCAGAAAUAUUUGGUUGUCAUAAUGGCUAUUGUAAAGUUGAACGUGGUUGGCUUACAGAUGAAACUGUGAUACAAUUUAAAAUUUUUGAUAAUCCAAUUAAAUUAUGGAAACAUCAAUAUAAAAAUAGAAAUAUUAACAUUAAGAUGACUCCACUAAAUUUAGUUAAGCAGCACUCCUACGAAUUACAACAAUUUGGAAAUGAUUAUAUAGAUGAUUCUACGGAUACUCAAGACAUUAUCGAUCAAUCCGGUUUUAGUAUUACAGAAAUUGCAGUAAUGAACGACGAAGAAGCACAGUUCAGAUAUCAGGAACAAUUCGGUCGAGCUUAUGCAGAAGACGAUUGUAUUAUCUUCAACAUUGCUGUUCGUUAUCUCGAAUCUGUUGCAUAUUUAGUGGACUACUACGUAUACAGUUCAAAGACUUUCCCAGGUGAACCACCAAAUCAUAUUGGAUUCAGUUACAUCUUACCUAGUACAUUGCAAUCCAGUGUUGGUAUCUUGACAGUGCCGAUUACUAGUACCAAACAUAGACCAAUUGGACAAUUAACAGUCGAAUAUGUUGUUAUAAAAUCAAUUCCAAAUUAUCCAUGGGAUAUGAGUAUUUCAUAUGCAAAGCAUUGGGAACAAAGAUGGUCUGGCUUGGACGUGGGUCAUAGAGGACUUGGCACUUCUUUUAAAUUUGAAACAAAAAAUUGUGCUAAUGUCAGAGAAAACACUAUAGCAUCUUUAAAAACUGCAUCAUAUCAUGGUGCUGAUAUGGUAGAAUUUGACGUUCAAUUAUCGAAAGAUUACAUACCAGUUAUAUAUCACGAUUUUUACGUAUCAAUUUCAAUAAAACGUAAAAAACAAAUAGAAGCAAUGGACACGUUGGACAUACCAGUUAAGGAUCUAACUUUGGAACAACUUCACCUAUUGAAGGACCUUUAUUACCCGGGCGACUCGUUGGGUAAGGUGCUGUAUUUCGUUGAUAAAAGUGAGCAGGGGGUUAACCAACUGGUUUACCACGUGGCAGAGGGCCGAGACAAACUUCCUCGAUUCUUCGAUGAAGAUCUAGAAGAUCAUCAACCUUUUCCUACUCUUCAAAGUGUACUUCUUGAGUUAGAGCCACAUGUUGGAUGCAAUAUUGAAAUUAAAUGGACUAUGCAGUUAAAGGAUGGUACAUUUGAACUGAAUCAUCCAUUUGAUCUAAAUAUGUAUCUGGAUACGAUAUUGAAAGUUGUUUUGGAAUAUGGAGGUGACAGAAAAAUAGUUUUCUCAUCCUUCAACCCUGAUAUUUGUGUUAUGAUACGUCUGAAACAAAACAAAUAUCCAGUGGUAUUUUUAACUCAAGGCAUAACUUCGAAGUAUCCAACUUACCAUGAUCCCAGAUGUCAAACAAUACCAAUGGCUAUAAGACAUGCAUUGGCGGCAGAUAUUUUAGGAAUUAACGUUCAUACCGAAGAUAUUCUUAGAGAUCCUUCGCAGGUGAAAUUGGUAAAGGACGCUGGUUUAAUCAUCUUUUGUUGGGGCGAUGAUAAUAACGAUAAGGAUACUAUUCGUCAUCUUAAAAAACUUGGUCUACAUGCAGUCAUAUACGAUAAAAUUGAUGUAUAUAAUUCGAAAGAUAUUAAAGAAAGUAUAUUCUUAAUCGAUGCAAGGGAAAGCCAAAAAGCAUUAAUAGCUUUGGCUCAGUCUAGUCAAGCAGAUAAUACGACAGAAAAAGCAAUUCCUGAUUCGAUUAAUAUGGAUUAUAGCAAUGAAAAGGGAUGUCUUUUAAAUUUGGAAGAGACAAGAAAUUUAUUAUCGACUUCAACGGCAACAUCCGCUUCAAGCCUUGAUAGUAAAAAUAAUGUUGGUGCAGAUAAUAUAUAUAUGACUAAAGUGCCAUCUUCUUCAAAAAAUAAUGAAGUUAGUAAAAUUACCAAAGAUUUUGACGCAUAUGCAAAAUCUUUUGGACAUACAAACAAAACUAGAAAUAUUUCUGAUAUAAUGAGUGGUCAGACCACAGCCUUACCCGAAGCCUAUGGAGAAGAUGAAUCAGCGAAGGAUUGCCUUUGAUGUUUCUCUUUUAAAAAAUCUUUUGUUUCCUGGUUUUAAUGUACUAGACAACAUACUUGGAGUAGGAUACCAUUAAAGAAACCAGAAAGAUAACGACAAUUUUAUGAAUAUUUCGUAAUUAAUAUAUCUAUUUCCUACAAUGUUUGUAGUACAGAGGCUUAAACCGUUCUUCAGGUUUCUUAUCAAUUUUCUUUUUUUUUUUUUUCAUCGCGUUUGCGUUGAUAUUAUAAAUUAACUUAUGUAACCGUAUAUAUGAAGAAUAUGUAUAGUACAGUUAAUCUGAAAUUGUAAUCGAUUUCUAAAUCGAUUUACAUAUUUCCUUCUGCGUAUGAUUUUUCCAAAUCAAACAAAUUUUACUUUGACAUAAGUUGGCCUGUUCGGUUCCUGUAAUUACUGGAUUUUUCAAUCAAUUAAUCGUCAAUUUUACUCGUCCUCUUUAAACGUACUACAAGAAUGCUAUACAUGUUAAAACAAAACAAAAAAGAUAUAAUGAAAAGGAGAAAAGAAAAGGGGAAGAAAAAAGAAAAAAAAGAA